AUGUUCUACGACGGCAAGUGCCCGCUGUGCGCCUAUGAAGUGAGCCACUACCAGCGAUUGGACAAGGACUUCAAGAACAUUCGCUUCCUUGACAUCAACGACGACGGGGUGAAGGACGUCCUGGCCGAGAAGGGUCUUACCUUCGACGACGCCAUGGCGCGCAUGCACGUCGAGACCAAGGACGGCCGCAUGGUGGAGGGCGUGGAGAGCUUCGUGCAGGUGUGGCAGGAGCUGCCGUACUGGCGGCACUUGGUGCCACUCGCACGAGUGCCUGGCGUGACCUGGGCCAUGCACCAAGCCUACACCGCCUUCGCGCGCAACCGGCUGUGGCUCACCGGCAGGGAGCAGGAGAAGAAGGAAUAA